CGGCAUUCGGGUGAACUCAGUAAGUUGCGAGAUUGAUUCAGUGACAUGACAACAAACGCGUUCCAUAGUGUGUUAAUUUCUUGAGAAGGACGCGCUCUAUAGACUUACCUAAGACCUACAGUUCUUAUUCAAUAUUUAUUAUAUUGUAUUUUUUCAUUGGACAAAAUAAGUUGACAUUGGACAUUUAUUUUUCACUGUGGUAUGGCUCAAGUUUUGCGUGCCAAUAUUACCCCGCUAACUACCGGCCAAGUUACUGAGGAUCAAAUAGUACCCGACACAGAUGAUUUGUUUUUCAACGCAAAUGACGAUCAAAUCACGAAUGUUGGCAUGGAGAGGCUCCUCGCUGACAUCACCCACUCGCCCAUUCAUCUGAAGAAAGCGCGCCGAGAGAGCGCUUCCGUCAUCGACGAGUUCUUUGGCACGCCAAUGAAGACGCCCGACUUCCUGUCGGCCACCAAGAGGUUUUUCAACGCGCCCUACCAGGUGCCGCCUAAGGUGGGAUCCAGGAUGUUGACCGCCACUGAGAAGCUCACCCUCUUCGAGGAUGAAUGCUCCCGAAGGACGAGCUCUUCCAUUGUGGAGGAGUUUUUCGGGGGAACCACGGAUGAGAUCAAGCCCGCUCCUUGGAUCAAGCAGGAGCCCGUGGAGACGCCCAUGGACACUUUCGAAGCAGAAUCCGCGGAUGUGUUUGACAUCGACUCUACCAUAUUCGACAUGUCAUCUAACAACGACGUACUUGUCAACGCCUCUGCCCCAGCCAUAUCAAACACUUCCUCAAAUUUGGUCAGCGGCGCCCUUAACGUGGCACCGGUUGUCACAGACUCCCUAUGGGAGGAUUUGACUGCCAGCAUGAACGUUGUCGACAACAACAUGCCAUGUGACAUUCAGUUGGCGGGUAGAGGGGGUGGAGUUAACGUCAAGUGUGAACCAAUAGACUAUGAAGAGAAACCAUCCUGUCAGUUCGGAUCUCAAGCGCAAUCCCGCCCUAACAGUGUGGAGUCAUUUUUAUUCAACACGCCUAACUCUUCGUACAGAUCAGCAAUAGUUCCCACCGAGUGUUCUAGUACUUUACCUAAUUCAUUAUUCAAUGGACACACCCCUAAAUCGACAUUUAGCCAAUCAAAUUCAUCGACGAGUACUACUGUCAGUAGUCAUAUUUUACUUCGACAGUCUCCCAGCUCAAGCGGGGGCGUAGUCAGCGUUAGUCAAGUCGGUGCCAAAUCUCCAUACUCUGCCCAGAAUACUCAAUUCAAGUCCAAUUUCAACUCAGUCUCCCCAGCCCCUCAUGUGGUACCCUGUAUGUUCCCCACGCCACCCAACUCCCAACCAGCCAGCCCUAACAACGCCAACGAAGCCAUCCGAAGGACGCCGCCCCCACCUUAUCCAGGACUUGCUUCCCAGUUGUCCAAACCUUCUCUCAGCCCCGCCCCAUCAUUCCUUCCCACCACGGUGUCCAUGGCGCCUUGCUCCUCGACUUCAUCCUCAAAGCCGGAGCGCCCCAGAAAGCAGCCAGUGACCCACCCAGGUUGUUCAACGAUCAAAUAUAAUAGGAAGAACAACCCAGAGCUAGAGAAACGACGAAUCCACUACUGCCACUUCCCAAGUUGCCGCAAAGCUUACACCAAAAGUUCCCACCUCAAAGCCCACCAACGUAUCCACACCGGGGAGAAGCCCUACCAAUGCCAUUUCCAGACCUGCGGCUGGCGAUUCGCCCGCUCGGACGAGCUGACCAGGCACAUACGCAAGCACACAGGCGCCAAGCCUUUCAGAUGCAAGGUCUGUGAUCGCAGCUUUGCUCGCUCUGAUCACCUCGCCCUGCACAUGAAGCGUCACGAACCAAAGAGCAAAUCCAGUGUUUGAAAUAUCAAGCGGGAAAACAAAAACAAAAAAAAAAAAACAAGCAAAGAAAGGAACUUUCCAGAAUUACCUUGACCGAUGUGUCAACGAGAGUAUUUGCUAGGUGACGACCUUUUGCUUAAGUCUCUCACCAUAGAAAAUCAAAAAUUUCUCUCCUUGACCUUUCCGUUGCAAGCCACAACUGAUUGACAAUUACACUUCUGCCAAAAAAGCAAUAAUAUAAAUAUCCACAAAGGGAGAGAAAUCCCAGUUUUGCAUUAGUGAUUGCCCUUGCUUUGUAUUUAAUAGUUCAAUGUUUUCACAUGUUCCCUCCUUUUAUGUUUGUUCAUUCUUAUGUUCUACUUAUACUGAUUGUUGACCUGUUUUUAUUUUGACAUAUGUAUAUUAUUUAUUAAACAUGAACCAAAAACAAAAAAAAAA